GCGCAGAAUGAACGUUUUAUAGCCAUCUUAUUUUUCAGUUAUCGUUUAGAUUCUGAAGUGGUAACUAGUGAGUUGGGAGUGAGAUUCAGUUAUUAUUUAGGUUGUUAUCUGAUACAAUUAUUAAUUUUAAACACAAUUUUAAAAUGUGGGAUUCUUUUACUAUUGAUGAGUGUCAAACAUGUCCGUAUACUAGUACUACAAAUAUAUAUGACCAAAUGGAAGUUCCACACUUGGACAAGGAAAAUAUUCAGCCGUUCAACCACAUAAAAAAUGACGAGCUGUCUCUAUAUGAUAAUGGAGGCAGUAUCACAAAAUACCGGGAAGCAUCUUUGUCUCAUUCUCACCGACCUCUAGAAGAACACGACUCAAAUUCACAAGAUUCUGGUUACAGUGCAAGCUACCAUGGAGAAAAAUUUUUGGCUUAUGCCUCUCCAAUACGAACUGCAAGCACAUCUUUUGGCUCUAUGGUCUCUAUGGAGGAUGAAUAUUUUGAUUUUUCUGAUGUUGAACCUUUAGAGAAACCAAACUUACCUCACGAUUUCAAUAAGCUUAUAACAAAUCCUUUGAUUAAUCGAGCUAAACCUGAAAAAGUCUCAUCUCCAAAAGACACUAUAAUAAGACCACUUUUCAGAAGAGCUUUAUCACUCCAACCUCACACGGAAAACACACCUAAUAGUAGAAGGGUACGAACCAGUUUAUUUAGAGGUGAACAUGAAAUCAGAUCAUUUAAGAGACCCGAACCUCCGAACGAUCUCGACAGUACACUUGUGAAAAGGUCAAAGAUAUUUAACGAUAAUGAUGAUAGUGAUUGUGAAGCCUCAGUUCCUGUAGCCAGACCUGUACUGCAACGUGCAUUUUCUGCUACAGAGGACAGUAUUAUGUGUGCAGUGCAAAGAUCUGCGAUUGAACCUGACCUUAUUGGAGAUUUUACGAAGAACUUCAGUCUUCCAUUAACAAUCAGUCGACAUCAAGAUUUAAAGGCCAUUACGGCAGAUACACUAGCUUCACUUAUGAAGGGAGAGUUUAGUGAUACUGUGGAUUCUUAUAAAGUCAUUGACUGUAGGUAUCCAUACGAGUUUGAAGGGGGUCACAUUAACGAUGCACUUAACUUCUACACCAAAGAGCAAUGUAUGCUACUACUAAACUCAACACCUGAUGUUACUGAAGGUUCUCACGCAAGACAUAUAUUGGUUUUCCAUUGCGAAUUCUCCAGCGAACGUGGCCCAAAUCUAUACCGAUUUUUGCGGAAAGAAGAUAGGAAUAAAAAUGAAAGUGUGUAUCCUUCUCUUAACUUUCCGGAAAUCUACCUCCUAGAAGGUGGAUAUAAAAAAUUCUUUGAGACUCAUCCAGAGUUGUGCACUCCAGUCGCAUAUAAAGAAAUGCUGCAUCCUGAUCACGAAGAUGAAUAUAGACACUUUCGAUCUAAAUCAAAAACAUGGAACUGUGAUUCACGUCAACGUCUACAAAAAAAAAGGUUAGGGGUGUAAAAUUUGUUUAGGAUGCCAUAUAAUUUUAUAGUACAAAUAAUUAGCUUAUCUAUUUGGUUCAUAGUACCUGUUGUCAAAAACAUGAGAUAUAUUAUUUUAAUUAAUCAGACAGUGCAUGUCUGAUGAACCAAAAUACCCAUUACCACUUAGUGAUGUAGGUAAAGUGCAUGCUUUUAUUACUAUUUGUUGCCUGAUAUAAAAAAAACGUGCGCAUAAUCCUUAUAAUAUCAAAAUUACAGCAGUGCCGAACAAAACAUUAAGAUUUUGGUAUAUGGUAUCUCUGACUAUAUCUUCAUUUCAAACUAACAUGUGGGUAUUACAGAAACUUUUCUUUAAUUAUGCUUAUCCAAUUUUAUCUACUAGGACCAAAAAUGUAUAAGGUUAUAAUUAAAUGCCACAAUAUUCAUGGCACAGCCUUUUUAAAAUUUUAUAAAUGUAUAAUUUUAUUACAUACUUUUUACUUAUGCUUUUUCGAUAUCUAAUCAUGUCUUUCUGAGUUAACUCAAUCUCCACGAAGUAAAGAUCUUUUUACGUACGUAUAUUAUGUUGCUG